AUGGGGUUCCGCCCUCAAUGGCGGAACCCCAGUGGUGAGCGCAAGUUUCCGGGAGGAGCCUCGCGGGCGGCGCUCACUUCGCCGCCGCCGGAAGCUGGCCUGCCGGGCCGCGAAGACCCGGGAGCAGCGGCGGAAGUGAGCGCGGGACCGGGGAUGGAGGCUCCCCGCGCUCACCCCGGCCCUCCUACGCCCCUCCCGGCCGCCGAGCCCGACCCCGAGGCGCCGCCCGCGGCCGCCCUGGCCCUGCGCAGCCUCCCCCGCGGCCUGGCCCUGGGCCCGUCGGGCGCCCGCCGGCGACGCCUCGGGGUCUGGUGCGUGGGCGCCGCGCUGCGGCCGGGCCUGCUCUGGGGGCCCCUGGAGGAGCGGGGGACCGCGCUCGGACUCCGGAGCCGGCCCAGCCCCCGGCCGCCGCAGGAGAUGUUGGGCCUGUGGAGGGAUGUGCAUGUAUGUGAACAGAGCUCAGGCUGGGCCAGCUUGGUGCAGCUGGGCUGUCAGGAGAAGGAAGGGAACGUGGCUCCCGUGAGGAUUGGUGAGAGGCUGCACCUGAAAGUCUCCCAUACCAUCCUGCCUGGCUUUGAGCUGCUGCUGUGGCCCGAACCUCCCGGCACAGACCCAGCCCAUUUGGAGGAGCGGCCACUGGCCGUGGGAUUGCAGCCAGAGGCCACAAAGCAGACCAACAGGGCAUCUCCUGGAGAGGAUGUUGUCAAGCCACGCACAGCCGUCUCUCCCCAGCGAGACUCUGCUAGCAAAGAAACCGCUAAACACAGCCCCCAGUUUGGACCUGAAUCCCAGGGAGAGAUUCCCAUAGACCCUGAGCCGCUGGAGUCCCAGGAGGAAGAGGAGAGUGAAGGAAAAAUGGCCUCUCUGCCAGAGGGCUCCAGAGAAGGGGUGCAGCUGCCCCAGAGCAAACCGUCUGGAGGCCAGGGGAGCCUGAGCCCCAGUGAUGGGGCUUCGCCUGUGGCUCCCAGUCGGGACCCCUGGCUCCGCUCCCGCUUGGCUAAUAAAUCUUGUGUGCUGUUUGACCCUGGGAGUCAGGGCUGCCCAGGAGCCAAGAGCCUGUCUCCCCAGGACAGCCAGGAUGGAGAGGCAGAGGCUUUGAGAUUCAGCCAGCCUCCCAGGGGCAGGAGAAGCCCAAAGGGGGCUGCCCGGCCCCUCUCCAGGCGCUACCACUGUGCCGUGUGCAGCAAAGCCUUCCUGCAGCUCUGCCACCUGAAGAAGCACCAGUUUGUGCAUGCUGGGCACAAGCCGUUCCUCUGCACAGAGUGCGGCAAGAGCUAUAGCUCUGAGGAGAGCUUCAAGGCCCACGUUCUGGGACACCAGGGGGUGCGGCCCUUCCCCUGCCCCCAGUGUGACAAGGCCUAUGGCACCCGCCGGGACUUACGUGAGCACCAAGUGGUGCACUCGGGUGCCCGGCCCUUCACGUGUGACCAGUGUGGAAAGGCCUUCGCCCGACGGCCUUCCCUUCGGCUUCACCAUAAGACCCACCAAGUACCUGCUGCCCCCACCCCGUGCCCCUGCCCCAUCUGCGGGCGCCCCCUGGCCAACCAAGGCUCCCUGCAGAACCACAUGCGCCUCCACACGGGUGAGAAGCCCUUCUUGUGCCCCCAUUGCGGCCGGGCCUUCCGUCAGCGUGGCAACUUGCGGGGACACCUGCGCCUCCACACCGGCGAACGCCCCUACCGUUGUCCACACUGCUCGGACGCCUUCCCCCAGCUGCCAGAGCUGCGGCGUCACCUCAUCUCUCACACUGGCGAAGCCCACCUCUGCCCAGUGUGUGGCAAAGCCCUGCGAGAUCCCCAUACACUGCGAGCCCAUGAACGCCUGCACUCUGGCGAGAGGCCCUUUCCCUGCCCACAGUGUGGCCGGGCUUACACUCUGGCCACCAAGCUGCGGCGCCACCUCAAGUCUCACCUAGCGGACAAGCCUUUCCGAUGCCCAACUUGCGGCAUGGGCUACACCCUUCUGCAGAGCCUCAAGAGGCACCAGCUCAGCCAUUGUACCAAGAGCCCGAGCAAACCCGCCAUGACCCUGCUCCAGGUGGAGACAAAGCUGCCGGUCCCCCUGGGUGAAGGGGAUUCCUCCCCCAGCCCAGCCUCUGGCCCAGCGGAGGUCACCAUUUCAGAGAGUGAGGACAGAUGCCUCAUGCUUCAGGAAGAUGCAGGCCCCAGUCACAGCCUGGUCCUCAUUCAAGAGGGUGUGGGGGGGUUCAGCACUGUGGCUGAGGUGGUGGAAGUGGAGACAGGCCCUGACAUCCCCACCGGCCCUCCUAUGUAGAUACAUAUGUAUGUGUGUGUGUAUGUAUGUAUGUAUGUGUGUGUGUGUAUAUAUAUAUAUAUAUAUAC